AUGUCCGAAACGGAGUCUGAGUGCAAAACUCUGAAGGCCAAGGGUGUUUUCUCCACUUCAAUGGCAGAAGGCGACUGGUUGCUGCUCAGGGGCCAGUGUGAGAAGGCGGCGGAGAGUUAUAGCACGGCUCUGACACUAAAACCAAAGGACAAGUACUGCUUUGUGGGCCGCUCCAAGUGCUACCUAAAGAUGGGUCAGUACGAAAAAGCCCUGAGGGACGCCGAAGCUUCACUUCAAGAAGACGAGUCCUUUUUUAAAGGGUUGUACCAGAAGGCCGAGGCUUUGUAUUGCAUGGGGGAGUUUGAAUUCGCGCUUGUGUUUUACCACCGAGGGCUGAAGCUGCGUCCACAAGUUCAAGACUUCCAGCUGGGCAUCCAGAAAGCGCAGGAGGCCAUCGAGAACGUCAUAACAGUCCCUGCUGCUGUCAGACAGAAGCUUAAAGGAGACAUUUUGCAAAAAGAUGAGCAGAUGACAACAUACAAGAACCCUCAAGCCUCCGAGACAGAAAAGAAGUCCAAGAAAUUUCUGGGGGAGUUUUACGAGGAUAGGAAAUAUCUAGAGAACCUUUUGAAGGAUGAAGCCUUGGUGAAAAGCAGGACGAGGAACGGUGAGCAACUGCAGGACCUCAUCCAGGGCUGCCUUACGUACUUGGACUACUGCGCUGACUUCUGGAACCAGCAGAAGCCCCCGCGUCCUCCACCCGAAGACCCUCGACGGCAGCGAAGCAAGCGGGGCAAGGCGCCCGCCCGUGCCCCCUCGGAACCUGCGCACUUUUUACUAAAGAGCCUGGAGGACAUUGACGCAGAUUUGGCGUCAGGAAAGAGCAACAGCAGUUCGAAGAAGGCUCAGGGGGUUCUGCGAAUGGUGCAGGGAUGGUCGGAGAAGGACGUGCCGGAUGAGAAGCACGAUUUGGGAAGCACGCACAGCUUCACUGGGAACGCUUUGGUGGACCUCGGGGAGAUGGACAAAGCGAGGGAGUACCACCUCAAGGACUUGGUCUUGGCUGAAAAAUGAGUUGGGAGCAGUAGGUGGCGAGAAGAUAUCCAGUGAUGCGCCCCCCACACCCCACAUCAGUCUGUCGGUGACCGCCCGCUUCCGACUGAGGCCGCCCUGCGGUCACAAAGGGACGCCAACGUUGCAAUCGCUGCAAUAUCCGAGCAACGCUGAAUAAUGACCGCGGUGAUGCGCGAUGUAUAGUAAAUGUACAGCGGCCGAGACCGAUCACAAUGGAAAUGCAAACGCCACAACACAACACAUUAAAACUGCCCGGAUCUGCUUGCACUGGUUUGCACAAUCUCUCGAGUUUUAUUUGAAGAGUCUAGACGUGCAAAGUCCCUAAACUUACUCUAGAUGAGUAUGUGAAUCUCUUCUCUAGCUUGUGAAUGUUUUUCCU